GAAGGGGGCAAAGGUUAAUCCUUCAAUGCAUUCAUUUCACCACUUCAAAUUUCAUAUCAAGUACCUUUCUCUGUCACUUUAAAAAAGAAGGGCAGCCAAUAAAUUGAACUUUGCAUGUAAAACUACAUACAGUAUAUAUAUAAAUAAUGUACUUCAUCAAAAAGGGAACCCCCCCCCCCCGCCGGAUUUUAUAUAAAUUUUAUAUAAAAAUAUAUUUUAUAUAAAAAGUGCAAGUCUAUGAAGUAUUAUAAUUGUACUAAUGUACUUGUUUGUUUUAAAGGAUGGAUGGAAGGCAAUAUAGAUGUUGUUUAUGUAACAAGAAGACCACUCCAGACGAACGACGUCCCGUUGGUUUGUUUCUGUCCACAUUAAGGAAACACUUUUCUUUAGAUGUGGAAGAAACAGACCGUAUUUGCAACAAAUGUCGACAUAAGUGUCGGAAUAUAAAGGAGUCCAAUACAAGACAACCCAUGCUUCUUAGACCAGCCACCGAAGACGAAAAAAAAGACCCCACAUUUCAGUCUCCAAAACAGAAGCGCACAAAGUCUCCAUUUUCAAGUCCUCCGACUAUUCCCUUGUCUAUCCCAUCAUCAUCGCAGAGCCAUGGCUACUGCUUUGUUUGCAAGAAACCAGGACCGAAGCUUGUCACAGUUUCACAUCAUGUUCGGAUGUUUGUGUUUAUCCAGAAAGAAAUCAUCAUUCCAACUGGAGCAAGAUGCUGCAUACGACACCUAGACAGCGAGAAAAUGAAUGAUGAAGCUUUACACCAAAUCAGGACCAAUGACAACACAACACUGAACAAAACAUCCAUCAUUGAUCUCAUUAAGUACCUGCGUGAUAAAGCAUUUGAACAACAAUCCAGGCUUGACUUUGAUGAUGAUUGCAGAAUGAGUGAUGAAGACUAUAGGGUACUGACAGGGUUUUCUCUUCUUGAAUUCCAUGACAUUGUCUCAUCAGUUGCCAGUAUCAACUCAUCUAGAAAUCGGAGCAAGAGGACCUGCAUAGGCAUCCUGUUAAUGAAGCUUCGAUCAGCGCUUUCCAACAAAAUGCUGGCUGUUCUAUUUCAGAUGACCAAAUCUCAAGUACGACGGGCUAUUGUAUCUGCUAGGACAGCUCUUAUAAGAGACUUCGUUCCAUACAACCUGGGAUUUCAACACAUUACACGUGAGGAAGUCAUUGAAAACCACACCCGUCAACUGGCAAGAGAUCUUCUGAGUGAUGACAUCACCUCAAACCCUGCGAUCUUAGUAUUGGAUGGAACGUACGUUUACAUUCAAAAAAGUUCCAAUUUCGCAUUUGCGCGGCGGUCCUACAGUAUGCAUAAGCACCGACCCCUUAUUAAACCAAUGAUGGUUGUUACUACAAGUGGAUACAUCGUAUCGGUCCUUGGACCCUAUCUUGCCGACUCCAAAAAUAAUGAUGCUAACAUCCUGAAACACAUGAUUUGCCAUAAUGCUGAAGAACUUCGGAACUGGUUGCAAGAAGACGAUGUGUUUGUUGUUGAUCGCGGAUUUAGGGAUGCUCAGGAUGUUCUGGAAGAUCUUGGAAUAAGGAUGGAGAUGCCAGCAUUCAUGACACGAGGAGACAAACAGCUGCCCACGCUUGAUUCUAACAAGUCAAGAGUUGUGACAAAGGUCAGGUGGAUUGUUGAAGCAGCUAAUGGGCGCAUUAAGCAGUGGCAGUUUUUGGCGAAAACCUUGCCAAACUCGCAAAUUCCAUUCAUCGGUGAUUAUGUGAGAAUUGUAGCAGCUCUUUGCAAUAAGUAUAGACCACCACUUAGCGUGUCAUCAGAGGAGGACCAAGAAAUUGCAGCGAAAAUGGUUUACCUUUCACAGAGAUUAAAUACAUUGCAGGAACGUGUGGAAAAUGAAGGGCUUGACAGACGAGGGUUUAAUUGGACAAAAGUGGAUUCAGAGAAUGUUACUCCAGAAUUUCCAAAGUACAACGACACUGAAUUGCGUCAGCUAACUCUGGGAGUGUACCAACUUCGCAUGGCUAAGUCCUACACUCAUGAGCACAUGGACGUAGACGGUGGAUUUGAAAUCCUUAUAAGUGACGAAAUUGAAGGAAUGGUGUGCGCCAAGAUCCAAAGUCGCCAUAUAUCAGCUAAACAGUACAAAUGUUGGAUCACUUACACCGAGGGAGAUAUUGAUGGUUGGUAUUGCAAAUGCAAAGCUGGCACAAGAGUUGUAGGAAUGUGCGGCCAUAUCACCAGCGUUAUAUGGUAUUUAUCUUUUGGACGGCAUCAGGAGUCACUGAAGGGGGUAAGGAAUUGGAAAACAUCACUUGAAGACGCAUCGGACAUCCAUGACGUCAUUGACGGUUCAGACAGUGAUGGAAAUGACAAUGAUGUGGAAGAGUGAGAGAAGGCGAGGGUGUGCUAUAUCUAGUCUGGGGGUGAAUGUGCGCGCGCAUGCGUGUGUUUGAGAGAUAGAGAGAGUGCGUGUGAGAAAGUGAAUAUGCGACGGAGGCUGAGAGCGUGUGUGACUGUGUAUGAGAAAGAUAAGAUGUUUGUGAGAGAGACGGAGGGAGGAGGUAUGUGUUGCUGUGUGUGUGAAAGAGGGAGAGAGAGAGAGAGAGAGAGAGAGAGAGAGAGAGAUCUGUGUUUGCGUGUGUACAUACACGUAUAUAAAUGUUCUUCGUGUGUUCUUUGUGGUUCUUGUUUUUCAUUAAAUAUUGCCGUUUUUGGUGAAUAUAUAUAUGACCAGUAAAACACAAUGUACAAAGCAGAUACAUGUAAGAUUGUGAAUGAAUUACUAUAGGAUUAAACAUUCUUUUUGAAGAAUUUAUCGAUGUGUAAACUCCAGACAUCAGUUUACUCACAAGCUAAAUAAAAGUUUGUGAGUGAAAUGUCCGGAGUUUACACAUCUAUAAAUUCUUCAAAAAGAAUAUUUGAAUCUUAUAAUUUCAAUUCAUUCAAUUUAUUAACAAUUGCAAAAAAUUGAAUAUUUUCACCGCACUAUGUUAUUUGUUUUCAGGCGUGUAUGAAUACAUCGCGUUUUCAGAUUUAUUGCUGUAUAAACUCUUGUUCAGCUUUAUUUUUGUCCAAUCAAAAUAAUUGUAAUAAAUAACAUUGGAAUUAUAAUCUUAUAAGCGCAAACAGAUUAAUUUUAUUGUUAGAAUCUAUAUAUCUUAUGCAUUCCUAAAAUUUUGUAGUGUAAACUUUAAUACGGUAUAUUGCGCUUUAUAAGCUAAAAUCAAAUCUACUAUUUUGAUAUUCUCAAAGUUCUCGGAAUAUCGUUCUUAUCAAUCAAAUAAAAGUCAGGAUGGAAUUCCAGUGUACUCCAUUUCAUGAGAAAUUACAUAGAUGACGCUACGAACUUCGUAUAACAUUCGGUGAUUUAAAUGAGAGACCCUUUAAUUUUAUCGCCAUUUAUCUUCCGAAUGCACGCAACAGUUACACAGUUAAUGAAAAUGUCAACAAAAAUAAAUCUUUUUAAAAUUCCUUCAUACAAACGAAAUUUUAAGAGAGACAAUAGAACUAUAUAGCUGUAAGAUAUGAUUCUAUAAUUAUUUCAUUCAUCUGAUGGUCUAAACAUUAUACAUUUGCUCCGUUUUAGCCUCACACAGUUAAUCGCAACGUUGUUUUUGCCGUUGUGCGGCAUUUCAGAUUUUACUUUCAUUAUCAUCAAAUUCAGUAUCAAAACAAAACCAAUAAUUUCAAUAUAUUUUGAAAGUUGAUACUCUUAUGUGUAGUACAAUUUUUUCCCCCUACAAUGCCGAACGUCACAAAUCAUUGCUUGACUAUACAUAUAUACAUAUAACUUUUGGGAAGAGCUUUCGUUUAAGUAUAACGUUAAAAUUAACGUCAAAGUGAGCGACGUCGCCAAUUUGAUAUGGGGUUUUCCGUUGAAUAUAUUAGAGCUGUUAUUGAAGAUAAAGGAUAACAAUGGUCAUAUUCAUAAAUGGCACAUUCUCAAGUACCAGAUUUAGCAUUUUUGUGAGUUUCCAGGACAGGGCAGAUUUU